UCGAACGUAAAUGAGAGUGGCCGAUAUUAACCCAGGAGGCCGAUAUUACCCCAAACUACGGUACCCAAGCAAUUUUACUGCUUCGUAUAGUAUAUUUUUUAGAAAAGACUGAAAAGUAAAAACCAAAAAUGUCUGAAAAGCUCGUUGUUACUGUAAACGAAGGAAAAAUUCGAGGAAUCAAACAAAAAUCUGUGUUUUCUGGUACCGAAUAUUAUUCUUUCUUAGGAGUACCUUAUGGAAAACCACCUACAGAUGUGCUCCGGUUCAAGGAUCCAGUUAAAGUAAAACCUUGGAAAGAUAUAUACGAUGCAACGGUUGAAAGAGAAGGAUGCAUACAAUUUUCAUUACUGACUUAUGAGCUUAUAGGAACAGAAGACUGCUUAUUUAAUAAUAUUUAUACGACAAAGUUGCCACAAAAUAAUGAAGCUCUUAUGCCAGUAAUAGUCAACAUUCAUCCAGGAGCGUUUAGCUUCGGUUCACCACAAACAAAAUUCUACGGAUCUCCUGAAUUCAUAAUGCAUAAUGACAUCGUAUAUGUCUGCAUUGCAUACAGAUUGCAUAUUUUGGGGUUCUUAAACUUGAGAUUAAAGGAAUGUUCUGGCAAUCAAGCGGUUAAAGAUAUAGUUUUAUCACUUCGAUGGAUCAAAAAUAAUGCACGAUCAUUUGGAGGCGAUCCAGAUAACGUGACAUUAAUUGGGAGCAGCAGUGGAUCAGCACUUACUCACAUGCUAAUGUUAUCGCCUUCAGCUAAAGGUCUAUUUCACAAAGCCGUAAUGAUGGGUGCGCAUUUGAACAAUUCACCCGCACCUCUUCAAGAAACAAAUGAAGAUCAUGCUCUAGAAAUAGCAAAACAGUUCGGUUACGACGGCAGCUUUCAAGACAAUAAGAAAAUACUGAUGUUUUUAAAGAAGCUAGAUGCGGUAAUGCUGAUUGAAGGAUGUAGACGGUGCCAAAAUACUUUACAAGAGACCAUUGCUCCUAUCCUUCCGAUUUGUGUGUUUAAUCCAACAUUCGAUCGAGGAGAUAUUUUACCAGAUUUACCGAAAAAUCUGAUAAAAACAAUGCCACGAAUACCAAUCAUGAUAGGAUUUUCACAAAUUGAAUCUAUAAUGGGAUUUGUUCGUGCAGUGCGGCCAUUCACGGAGAAAAACUUCAAAGGUUCUUUUCGUCAAAAUUUUUUCGGAUGGGGAUAUCACCUCAGUAACGAUGAUGUCCAGUCAAUCUACAAAGAAGUGGAAGCGUUUUACUUGGAGAGUCAACCUGUCGAACAAGCACCAUUGUCCGUUAAAAUGGAUAUUCAAAGCGACGUAUCGAUGUUCGAUGUUUAUGAAACGGUCAUCAAUCCGAUAUCAGAGGACUUGCCAUCCUCCGUAUUCGUUUAUAAAUUUGAAUUCGAAGGAAAUAUUAUUUCUAUAAAUGGGAUACUAAACAACAUGAUUGAUGAACCGAUUGAAGGAACUUUUCAUGGUAGUGACUUCAGUUACUGGAAUCGAUUUGGCAACCCGAAGGAUAAUAAAACACGCAAAAUGGUGGAAACAUUCACUCAACUCGUCACUACUUUCGCUAGAACAGGAAAUCCGAAUUAUGAAAAUUUCCCAGUGAAGUGGGAAUCAUCUACGCCAGAAAAACCGUGUUAUCUGAGCAUUAACAAUCCUAUGGUAAUGGUUGAUGGUAAAUUGAAUAACGACAGGGUGGAAUUUUGGGAACGAAUACGCAAGAAGUAUGCCAGAUCGAAUGCCGAGGAUUAUGUAGUACCUAGCUAAUUUAUGAAUCGAUGUACCUAAUCAGGGUGUCUAACAAAAUUUCUCCGAAGAAAUGCAGUACUUUUACAGUACCUUUUGCAUUACCUUAUAUUUUUUUUUAUCCAGCUUACACCGACCCCCCCAGAAAAAAAUUAAAUUUUUGAACCAGUUGGAAUUUGUCGAUAACAUUAUAAGUGUAUUUCAAUUGAAACAAAUUAAAAUUACAGAAGUAAAAAAUUAAUCAUGGUCUUUUCACAAUCACAUUGCAAAAUAUUUUAUCAAUGUCACAGCUUCAAACUAUAAGAUACGGGAACACCUUCAGGGUGUCCACUCAUUUCUGGAAAUGAUUUUCCCUGACUUUUCCAGGUUUUCCAGACCAAUUUUUCCAUUUUUCCAGACCAUUUUUUUCAAUUUUCUAUGCUUACCCCAUACUUUGGUUAAAGAAAAAAAAAAAUUUUUUGGGGGGUGUAUUUUUUUUAUAAGCUUCUCUUUGAACUGGAUACUUCUUCGGAUAUAAAAAACAGCUCAACUUUAAUUAUUAACUUUUUAAAUUAAAAAUCAAUAAAUAAAUGAAUAAAACAUGCAUCAAGUUUGGCCAAUUGAUUACAAUAUUCAUAAUAACUUUUGAAAAUGUUUCUGUUCAUUUAUGGAUUUUUGGAGGCAUCAAAAUGUGAAAUUUGUUCAUCUUAAAAUUGAGAAACAAAUUGGCCCGAGCGAAGCGAGAACUUUUGAAAAUUUUCAUUUCUAGAUGCCUAAAAACGAGGUUUUUUUUAAAUGAGAAGAGUUUAUUUUUUGGUUUUUUAAAUUUUAAUAUUGGAAUGAUGUUUUUUUGAAGGAAGUCAAUUACUUUUGAAAAAAAAGAGAACAAGGUCGAGCGAAGCGAGGGCGAAAGGUUCUGAAAAUUUGCAUUUCGAAAGGCAUAAAAACGAUUUUUUUUAAUGUGAAAACGAGUAGGUAGGUUUUUUUUGGCUUUUAAAAUUUUAGAAUUUGAAUUAUGCUUUUUUAAAGGAAGUUGAUUUUGAAAAAGAAAACAGAACAGGCCCAAGUGAGUGCGAAAGCUCUUGUAAAUUUGUAUUUCGAGAUGCAUAAAAACGAUGUUUUUUCGUGAGUUCAUUUUUUGGUUCUAAAACUUUGAUUUUUAUUAUCUAGAAAUGUUCAUCUGACCAUCUAAAAAGAAAAGAAAACAAGCCCGAGCGAAGCGAGGGCAAAAGCUUUUGAAAAUUUGUGGUUCGAGAAGUAAAAAAUAAUGUUUUCCUUUCAUAACAGGUCCUGAUCUGAAAUUUGCAAUUGAUCGUUUUUUUAAAUUCCAUGGAUUUUGCGUGAAAAUUACGAAAUUCCCUGACUUUUCCAGACCGACCAAAUUCCCUGACUUUUCCAGGCCGACCAAAUUCCCGGUUUUCCAGGCUUGUGGACACCCUGCAUCUUUUGAGUUACAAAAUGAACAUUUUUUUUUUUUUUAAUUUUCACCAAUUAAUUCAUUUUGAGGUUUUUUAAAAAAUUUUAAAUCAAUGAUUUUGAGAAAAAUACAGUACUUUUCAGGCAAAAUGCAGUACUUUACAGUACUUGCAGUACUUUUACAGUACUUGCAGUACCUGCAGUACCUGUUAGACACCUUUUGCUAUUUUUGCUGUACAAUAAUGCAACAAGUUUUUCUACUUCAGCAAACUAAUUUUUCAUGUAAAUACUUUUUUAACUACUGUAGCACGUUCGUGGUAAGAAGUAAGAUCACAUCAUUAAAAUUGAACAUUUCUGUUGCGUCGUUCGCUAAUAAUGGUUCUUACUUACGUCGCUCCUCGACACUAUGAUAGAUUGAUACAUAUUCAAGUAAAUAAAACAAAUUA